UGUGUGUGUAGAGUGAGAGAGAGUGAGAGAGAGAGAGAGAGAGAGAGAGAGAUUGGGAGUGAGGCAGUGAGGCAGUGUGUAUGCCUUGCAUAACAUACUCUGUACCUCUUGUAUGCAAGGGCUUCAUGUGAGACAGCCCAGACAAGGGGACUUCCUUUAUGCUUACUCCUCCAGGGCUACUGCAGAAGGGAGGAGAGGAGAAGAGGAGGCAAGAGGAGAGGGCAGGAGAGCAAGGGACAAACACAGGACAUGGAGGUACAGACUACAGCAAGGUACAGCAGUAAAGGAGACAAUUCCAGAUGGUUCCAUUUGAAGACUUCAGCAGCAGCAAGAAGAUCCAGUGACUAGACGGAUUUAUAUCAUAACACAAAAUAUAAAAAGAACAAUUUUUAGAACAAUGGACUUCUUGAAACUGAAGACCAAAUAAAAACAAGCCCAAGCCCAUCCGGUGGUAGUAGCACGUAGGAGUCAUAGAGUGAAAGAUCAUGAAGUCUAACCAGGAGCGUAGUAAUGAGUGCCUGCCUCCAAAGAAGAGAGAGAUCCUGGCACUUGAAGAGCGGCAGGUCCUGGUUGCAUCAACUGUGAAUGAGAGUCAAAGUGGUGAGAACCUGGCAUGGCUUGCUAGUGUAGCCAGCAUGGCCAGCAUGGCCACUGUUCCCAACCUAGUUCCCUCACAGAGCAACAGUACUGAAGCUAGCAGCCCAACACCAUCAACCAAAGCCCUGACGAUAGUGACAGAGUACCCACUUUCCACCUCUGCCUGCAACAGCUCCUUGUCAUAUACAAGCUCCACACCUGCAGGAGGUCUCUCUGGAACAACCACAAUAACAGCCAACCCAGCUGUCCUCUCCUCCAAUCUUCCUCAAGCAACAGGACCCAUCCAGCCCACCCAGCUGCCACCUAAUUUACAAAUCAUUGGACCUUACACCAGUUAUAUCUCCUCCCAGAUAGUGCCAGCUGCAGCAAGUCCGACCCAGUCACGUAGACCUACCCAGGAGGUUUAUGCUACCGCAGCUGUCAUCCCACAAGCUUCUAAUGGAAACCCACAGAAGCAGCAUGUGAUUUCAUCCUUACCUAAUGUAGCUCACACCACCAGCCAGUGCAUUCAGGUAGAGGGCACCCCAGUUGGCUUGCCAGUGAUUUCCCCAACUUCACAAGUACCGUUUCAACUUCACACUCAUUCAACUGUUCUUGCCCCUCAUGGCCUGACUCUUGCUCCCUCUCAGGUGCUUGUGCAUUAUGCUGAUGGCCUCAUCACAAAACAACCUGACUUCCAAAGCAGAGACCUGCAGAAUGGUGCUCUGGGAGAGGUCACAGUGGUCAAACACACCACCAGCAUUGUGAAGGGAAUGUCUAACAAAACAGAAAGUGAUGAUGGCCAAAGACAGAUUCAGAACCUAGGUCUCCCAGCCCAAACUCAGGUCUUGCUCCCUGCUGACUAUGCUGCUCAUGACAGUGCAGGACUUCAGACAUCAGUCAUGCUGGUGUCAAGCAACCACCUAAUGGCCAAUAAUAGCACUGAGUUUCAGAGCACCCAGGAUAAAGAGCACACAUCUCUUGCUCAAGUUGAGAGAACAAGACUAUCUGUGGGGAAACCAGUCUCUAGACUUUCCUCCCUUUCUCUCCCAUCAUCAGACAGCAUGGCAGCAUCUCUUGCUCCAACACUCUCCCCUCACACAGUCCUGCAUACGUCUCCAGCUGCCCCUACCCAGGAACUUACUACAAACCUUUUCUCAAGCACACAGCUGCCUAUUAUCGGAUACAUUACUAGUACAUCUGGGGCACCCCAGCAGGCUGUGGCCAGUUACCAUAGCAACCUCCCACAGCAUCUAGUGAUCUCAGGCAGUCCCUCCCUCCUUAUUCCUGUGAGCGCUGGCAACAUGAACACGUCAUCUACUGAGUCAGAGGUUACGCGCUGCUCCAUCCCCACCAUUUCUGCUACCACUGUACAGACUGUAGCAACAGGUCUGCCUCAGGCCUACAUCACCGCAGCCACACCUACUGUCACAACCUCCAUCCUCCCUAAUGGCAAAGAGGUCAUGGGGCCUGAAGAACAUCAUGCUGCAGUGGGUGUACCGAGUUCCACACAGGUGCAACUUCCUGUGCUUUCAGCAGGGGUAGUAGCACCUCCAGUUCCUGUGCUCCCUCCAACACCCACAAGCCCACAGAAUGCACCCGUAUCACCAUCAUCAGCCCUGCCUUCAUACUUCAUGAAGGGCUCUAUCAUCCAGCUGGCAGAUGGAGAGCUUAAGCGGGUGGAGGACCUAAGGACAGAGGACUUCCUACAGAGUGCAGAAGUGAGCAAAGAACUCAAAAUUGAUUCGAGCACAGUUGAACGGAUAGACUCCAGCAGAACACCUGAUGCAGUUAUCAUACAGUUCUCAGUCGGGGAACACAAAGUACAGGUAUGUGUGGAAGUGCUGGUGGAGUAUCCUUUCUUCGUGUUUGGUCAGGGAUGGUCAUCCUGCUGCCCAGACCGCACUACCCAGUUACUGGCUCUGUCAUGUGCCAAACUCUCUGUUGGUGAUGUCUGCAUCUCCCUCACCCUAAAGAGCCUGAGGAACGGUGCAUUAAGAAAAGACCAAGCCUUUGGUCCUGUGAAGAACCAUAAUAGCACUCACCAUAAAGCAGCUAAAACCAGUGGACAGAUUGGAGAGCCACAGGCUCAGAGAGAGGAUCAGAGGGAUGGGAACAUUUUUGUAUUAGAAGGGGAGCAAAAGUUUGAAGGUCUUGGGCUAAAGACUUCGAACUCUGGUAAUGGUGUGAUCAUCUCAAAGAAUGGAGAAGGGAAAGCUCAUGGUGCAGGGAGUCGCAAGAGGAGGUGGUCUGCCCCAGAGCGAGGAGAGAUAGGGAGGUCACAGGAGAAUGACCACCCUGAAGAAACUCUGCCUAAACUUUCCUUCCUUUCACAGGAGGUAAAGGUCAGCAUUGAAGGAAGGUCCAGUAUGGGCACCUGAGGUACCUUGUGAGUAAUCAAAAAGGAGGAUGUCCUUGAUUUUCUAGGCAAAGGAUCUUCUAAACCAAGGAUCUUUGUGGUUUGUUCAGUUACUUGUCGUGUUGGCUGGUGACAACUGUUCCAAAACCAUGCGCGUUCUUCACUGGGCAAACAAUAUGCAGCAGUACAAGAAUAACAGGAUUAUUAUGAUUAUCUUCUCAUGGCUUAUUUUGGUUACUGUAACAGGAGCUACUUUUGUCCGACAGUAUUUACAGGAUAUGUUUUUGUAAUAAAACCAACAAAUAAUUUCUGGCAUUUCCCCUGAGGCGUACACAUAAAUAUGCGGGGUACUUAUUUUUGUAGUUAAUUCUGCCAUUAUCUGUUUUUGGCACUUUGUCUACAUUCAUGUAAAUUGUAGCAUAAUUGUAUUUCAGUCAUAAUCAGUGAGUCGAACACAUAAAGACCGGUAGGCUGGAGAGAUUGGUCAGUAGUUUGACUUGCUGCGACAAAUUUUCCCCAUAAAUAUUACUUAAAGGCACAUUGUUAAGAUCCGCUAUAUAAUUUAUGAAGAUAAUCGAUGUCGGUUAUGACAAAUAACGCGAUAUAAUUAGACUGAAAAACGACCGUUAAAAAAACAGAGAUGUAAAAUUCUCAAUUAACACUGACCAUUCUGUCUGUUACUGAUUGAGCAGGAUCGAUUAGGAGUCCUACGUGUGAUUUUACGUGACGAUAUUACGUUUCAGAUGAGAGAAUUUUGUUAACCAAACAUGGUCCAGUUCUUGGGACAAAAACUGGAAAAAACGCUGAAUGUCGAGGAUUAAACAUAUUUUUUACCAAUAUUUUAAUUAAAUACACCAGAAUUUAAUUAGUCAAAACGUUCUAGAUAUGCAAUAUUAUGAUGAUUCACAUACCUCAAACGUGACACAAGGCUGUUUCAGGUUCUUUUCAGAAUCUGGGAUCUUUAAAACCACGUCCAAAAACCAUGUUCAUGUUCAUUGUUCAUGUUCAUACAGUGGAUAUGUGCAGGUGAAUUCUCACUCAGCCUUUGAAUAUUAGCACUUUACGGAAGGCAAUGGAUGAUUAAAUCCCUCACCUCUGCUUUGUUGCCUAAGCAACAGCCAUUUGCACAAUGUCAAUUUUAGAAUAAUGUUAGCUGUCCUGUAUGUUUUAACCCCAUUUAAAACAAAUUACAACCAUCACAUUGAUGCAUUUAAAAAAAAAAAAAAAACCAAAAAAAAAAAAAACAACAUUUUUUAAAAAUCCAUUUGAAAUCCAGUUGGAGUCUGUGAAAGCGUUGUGUUAUUAAAAUUCUUGUAUCGUUGCAGUUUAAGCAACUGGAUUUCUGUGUACAAAAUUACAUACGAAUGUUUAAUACUGAAUAUUGUGUAUAUACAAUGUACAAUAUAUUCUCUUUCGGAAUAUAUUGAUAACAUAUACCAAUAUAUAUUCCGUUUCCAUAGUGGUAAUGACUCUCUCUAGGGGCUUUUGGGUAACACUUUACUAUAAGGUCCACAAAUAAGCACACACUAAUAUGUGUACUAAUGAUGAAUUAAUACAUGCGCUAAUCAUUAGUGCUAAUACAUUACAACAGCCGUCAUAUAUGAAGAACUAUUCAUAAUGGUAACAGUUAAGUAUUAACGUUCAACUCGUUCUGUUCAUUAUUCAGUAUUAAUAAUGAUUGGUUGAGCCAAAAUGAUAAGAUGUACGUUUGAGACCCACAUUUGAUUCCCAGCACCCGUAAACCUUUUAUUUUCAUUUAUUUGUUUGGUAUUGUUUAUUGCAAACAGGUGUCACAAAAGUGUAUCAUUUUUCGUCAUAAUCGGUUUUUCUUUUUUUGUUCAGUGCAACUGUUCCAACAUUUAACGGGUGACCGGAAUCCUGAAAUUGAGGACUGAACUUACGAGUUUCAUUUGACAUACACACUGUUAACAUUUUCAACUUUGGUAUAUGAAACAAAAGUUUAUCAUGCUAAAGUGCUACAAGAUUGUAGCAUCAAAGUCCUACAAGAUUGUCGCACUCUUUUUAUUUUUAAAAUUUUUAUAACAUCAUGCCUAUAAGUGGCUGGAUUUUGAUCAUGUACUGUAAAUUACGAAAUGUCCCAAGUUUUGUUCAACCCAUGCUCCAUACAAAAAGACCAUUAAUUACGUAAAUAAUCUUUACUAAUGCUGCAGGUCAUGGUUUUAAUUAAAAUAAUAAGUCGACAAGAUGUUAAUACUUAACUAUUAUGAUGAUUAAUGCCUGUUCCUGCAGUAUACGCUUCACAGGCUAUGUAUAGGCUACGAUCGGUGCAUGUAUUCAUUCAUUAUUAUCACAUGUAUUAAAACAUGCUUAUUUACGGACCUAAUAAUAAAGCGUUUCCGGCUAUUGUACUGUUUGGGGCUCUGGUUUAAGUUGCCCAAUAUCACCUACAGGAAGUGGAACAGUUCAGAGAAAAGGUCAUUGAGAAGUCAUCAACUUGAACAAAUGUGUAAUGUGUGUAAUUUCAAUGAAAAAACAAAAACAAAAACAAAACAAUAAAAGCCCAUGUGUUUUUCUUA